AUGUUGACCCUUACGGCAAUUUCUCCCCUGCUCUUCUCGCUAGCGUCUGCCGCAGUGAUCAGCCAACCUCAACAAUUGCUUGUCUCUGAGACCACGAACCUGACGAAUGUGCUCAAUGUCAAGAAGUUCGCCAUCGACGACAUGAGCGACGCCAAAUUCCGUCUCCACCAUGUAGCUGCCAAAGCAUUGCUCGGAGAGAAUUCCUACAUCGCGCUUCGCGAAGCAGAAAUCGAUCAACGUCAACAAGACAUCUGGCAAUUCCUCUGGAACUCUGAGUUGAGAUGCCCUGAGUGGGGAAUGGAUACUGAAGAUCGUCCUGCGCUUGAACUACGCCCAAAGCUUUGGUUCUCGGACAAUCGUGUCUUCGAUGUUGAUCCCGCACAUGUGCCUCAAGAAGUUAUCACCGCUUUGGAAGAGCUUUCAGAGAAAGAAUGGAAAAAUCGUCAGGAGAUGAGACGCCAACGCCAGUGCAAUCUCACCGAGACUGUUGACAAGGACUCUAUGGCCUUGUCACCUAAUACCACGGGUGAAUCUGAGUAUGACUGGCAUAUUGUUAUUCCAGAGGAGUACUUACAGUACCUGAUUCCCGAGAGUGCCAUUGAAGAAGAAGACAGACUUUGGGAUAAGAUGUGGCAGGAAGAACAAGAUUUGCACAGAGAGAUGAUUUUGGCGGUGCACGAAGAGAGAACGGAAGGUCAGAAAAUUUUCCAUAGAUUUGUAGUCAGCUUUGAGGUGAACCGAUGGUCACUUCCCAUGGCGGCCUCCCAUGGCGAUCUGGCAAUGGAGCGGAAAAGAGGAGAGAGUAUAGUAUGUUUUGCUCUCAAGAUUCAAUCGGCAGAUGAAGGCGUGAUUAGGAUUAGUUGGGUCAGGCGUUGGUGUUGUUGUGUCCACAGCAACGAACACCCAAAUGACGGACUUUUGCCAAUCGACUUGACGGGUUCUACAUCACUGUCUCGCAUUCCAUUCCGCCAAAUCGCAAACCACAACCUUCAAAAAUUGCGGCGGUCUAGUCGCACACUGGCGCAUCACCUUCGCCGUCUUGACAGCAUGGCGGCCUCCUCAGAUAUUGUCGCCACGUGCUCUUCCACAGCGCUCCUCACUGUCAUCGCCCCUGAUGGUCGUGUCAUCACGCUUCCCCCUGAGAUAGUCGACAUGAUCCUCGAGCACCUCAGGAAGAGCAAAGGAACCCUAUCACUCAUUAUGUGCACCAGCAAUGGCAUGUUCGAUCACACAUUCAAGCUCUUCUGGGAAAGCGCGACUCUCUCGAUGCUCAACAAACUUGCCACCACUCCCGAACCUCGUCGACAGCGCUACGCCGACGUCAUUCGCGAGAUCAAGUUCACUAUCGGCCCCAAUCAGAUCCUUCCUCCCCUGCAUGGCAUCAUGUUCUCACAGCUCAAGCGACUGGCCAUCAUCCACGACAGCAUGCAACCUGUCUACAAACCUGUGAGACCACCAGGAUGUCACGUCAACUUGGCUCAUUUCAUGGUGUCGACUUUGACUGAAGUUCGUCUCACUCAAGCGGCUAAUGCCCUUGGUGACUGCUCGAUGGCCAACUUCACCGCCGGCAAUUUCUUACCCCAUAUGGCGCGCAACUGUCCACACCUAGAAACUCUCGUCAUCGACGCCAAAGUCUACGCUGCAACUCCCAGUGACUUGAUUAAUGUGCUUCGCUCCUGCAAAAAGCUCGAGAAUCUUGGACUCGGUGCGUCGAAUGGUGGCCUCGGCCUGUACCGCAACACUUUCGCUCAAGUCAUUGCUCACCCUCGACUCCGUGCACUUCAUCAGUGGUUUGGUCCGGGUCUGAACAAGAUCAAGGACGCCCUGCAACAAGCUAGCAAACCCGCUCUUGCUAAUCUGACUGACCUUGAUAUGAUGAUCGAUGCUAGUGCAGUCACUUGGUUGCUACCUCACCUCUCUCAGCUGAAGAGACUUCGCCUCGAACUGGACUACGGCGGCGUCAGUGUCUUCCCUUACUUGUCUUGCAUGACCACUCUCGUUCACCUCGAUAUCAGAUACGUGGAUGGGUUUAUUCUCACUGGUGCCGAUCUGGAAGAGCUUUUUCCUCUGAAGAAGCUCGAGGUGUUCCUCUACUUUGGCCAUGAACAAGACAACCCACCUGCUCACACCAACAUCGCCGGUCCUAUCCGACCCUCGACCAAACCCUGCGAGCUGCACGAAUUGCGUGUCUUUUCCAUAGGUAUGGACGACUGCUGGCAUGUGCGGCAGCAACUCUUGACUAUUGCUCAGAGCGCCCGCAUGCUCAAAUACCUGCAUGUCGAUGGUACCUUUGACUUCAGACUGAUGGAGUCCUCCGAGUAUACCCUUUACCCUGAGCUACAGGUACUGGUCGCUCCUAUCGUAUACGAACCUGAAACGACGGAAACUACCACAUCCGAACGAGCCGGCUUUCUGGCCAGUCUACUCUCCAAACACGCGCCCAAGCUGGAAGGGCUGUAUUUCACCAGUUCUGGACUCGGACAAGACAUCAAACGUGCUUGGGAGGUUUCGCACGAGAACCGCCAACCCGAUAUUGAGUCUUUCGCUGUCUACCCGCAGGUGCCAUUGGGACCGAAAGUCUUGGAGUAG